CCAUGGAACGGGACAGAAUAGAGAGAUAUUGACGACAAGCCGGCAGAGAGUGGAUUUAACAGACAGAGAGAGGCAACCUGUGCGCCCGUCCCUCCUCCAGCCGCCCCGCGCUCUGGAUGCUGACUGAAUUCAUUUUUCGGAUAUGAAGGAUUUAUCUAGUCGAUGUUAGAAGGAGGAGGCGAAGAAAAGGCACGCGUCUCUCCCUCUCCUCUCUCUCUCUCUUUCUAUCUCUCCCUCUCCCCCCUUCUCUCUCUCUCUCUCUCUCUCUCCCCCUCUCUCUCUCUCUCCCUCCGUUUUCUGGAUGUGAAGCAGCAUGCGGCCCGGUGAGAGCUUAGAGGGCUCGCGCUCGGCUCGCCGAAGAUGUAUCGGUGCUAAUAAAACCCCGAACGGCGGCACGGAACGCUGUCCCGCGCACCUCUCGUCGGCGGCGACGAGGAUGAAGAGGGCGACGACGAAGAGGGGGAUGAGAGGGACGACGGGCGGAGGAAUGACGGCGCUGCGCUGUUUUCUGUGGAGUCUCGUUCUCGGCUCGCUCUCCUCGGGCGCGCAAGGUUUCAUCUACACUUGUGGGGGCACACUCAAAGGUCGAAACGGCAGUAUAGAGUCGCCGGGCUUUCCCUACGGCUACCCCAACGGGGCAAACUGCACCUGGGUUAUCGUCGGAGAGGAAGGAAGCAGAAUCCAGCUCAUCUUCUUGUCAUUCGCCAUCGAAGAAGAAUACGACUUCCUCUCCCUGUACGAUGGACACCCACAUCCCGCCAACUUCAGGACCAGGUUAACAGGGUUCCAGGUUCCUGCCCCGGUCACCAGUACAGGAAAUGUCUUCUCGUUGAGGCUGACCAGUGACUUUGCCGUCUCUGCACACGGCUUCAAGCUCAACUACGAAGAACUCCAGAGUUCCUCUUGUGGAAAUCCUGGAGUCCCGCCCAAAGCGGUCCUCAGCGGCGGCGGCCGCUUCGCUGUGGGGGACCGUGUGCGCUACAGUUGCGUUCCUGGCUAUGUCUUAGACGGCCACGCCACGCUCACCUGCAUCACUAACGCAGGGAAUGCUGCUGUCUGGGACUUUCCUGCUCCUAUAUCGAGAGCUUUCAGACAGCAGUCAUCCUUGCAACACAUAGUAGACAGCAGCAUUUUAUAA